ACACCGACACCCGCCCUCUCCUCCUGCGGCGCGAUAAAUACGUCCUCCAUGAUGGCGGCGCCUCAGUGCUACAUAUGAGCUGCUCGCGAAGGCCGUGCUGUCUGGCGGGAGCCGUCCCUUCGUCUUCAGUGCACCCUCUCAUCAGCUGAUAGUCACAGUUCGCCGGGCGCCAUGAGCGUGCUGGACAACUCGCCCAAUGCCAAGCUGGACAAGACGCUGCUGGACAAGUACCUGCGGCUGCCGCUGCCAGAGGGAAAGGUGCAGGCCACCUACAUCUGGGUGGAUGGCACCGGCGAGAACGUGCGUGCCAAGGACCGCACCCUGGACUUCCUACCCAAGGCACCCAAAGACUACCCCAUCUGGACCUACGACGGCAGCUCUACCUACCAGUCGGAGGGCAGGAACUCUGACAUCUACCUGUACCCGGUAGCCGUAUACAAGGACCCGUUCAAGACCGGUGGCAACAAUGUGCUGGUGCUGUGCGAGACAUACAACUACAACAAGGAGCCCACAGAGUCUAACAAGCGGCGGGCGUGCGCGGAGGCAGCGGAGCGCGCUGUCGACACGAAGCCGUGGUUCGGCAUCGAGCAGGAGUACACGCUGCUCGACAUGGACGGUCGACCGUGGGGCUGGCCCACUAAUGGCUUCCCCGGGCCGCAAGGGCCCUACUACUGCGGCGUGGGCGCCGACAAGGUGUUCGCGCGCGAGGUGGUGGAGGCGCACUACCGCGCCUGCCUCUACGCCGGCAUCGACCUGGCCGGAACCAAUGCUGAGGUCAUGCCUGCUCAGUGGGAGUUCCAGGUGGGCCCCGGGGAGGGCAUGAAGUGCGCGGACGACUUAUGGGUGGCACGCUACAUCCUGCACCGCAUCGCCGAGGAGUACGGGAUCGUGGUGACCUUCGACCCCAAGCCCAUGGCGGGCAACUGGAAUGGCUCCGGAGCGCACUGCAACUUCUCCACCAAGGCCAUGCGCGAGGAUAAUGGUAUCAUCGAGAUCGAGAAGGCCAUCGACAAGCUGUCCAAGCAGCACCUCAGGCACAUCCAGGCGUACGACCCCAAGGGCGGGAAGGACAACCUGCGACGGCUCACGGGACUGCAUGAGACCUCGUCCAUCCACGACUUCUCUGCUGGCGUGGCAAACCGUGGUGCGAGCAUCCGCAUCCCGAGAGGCGUCGCCGAGGACAAGAAGGGUUACCUGGAGGACCGCCGCCCAUCAUCCAACUGCGACCCGUACUCUGUCUGCAAUGCUCUCAUCCGUACCUGCAUACUGGACGAGUGAAUUAUGUGCUACUUGUUACCACAAUUUGAAUUUUUUUUUUUUAGCUUUUUUUAAUGUAUCGUCUUUGGCUUUUACCAAGUUUUUCUUAUAAUUUUAUUCGCUGCAAUAUUUGUUUUUUUCUUCACUUGUUUUCACAUAUUUAAUUUAUUUCUGUAAGUUAUUUGUCAAAAUUAGUAUUUGACAUUUAAUACCUGAUCAAGGAAGGUUUUGGUGUUUGCACUGCUUUAGUGAAGGGAGGCAACACAGUUUUUUUUUAUCUUUUUCUACAUAUAAUACUUAAGACAAAUUUGUUGCUUAACAUAUGAACGAAAUUAAAUUACUUGUAUCACAAAGUCUGAGAAUAAUCUACACUGCAUGCACUAGAAAAACUCCAUCUCGAAAUAUGAAUAACUGUAAGAUAUGCAAAAUGUUCAUACAUUUUGCUUGUACGGAUGGUAAUGAUACUUAAAGUAAUGUGAGUAAAAAAAUCCAAAUGUGUAUUAAAAUUAAUUUGACACGUUUAAAACAUGUAGUUUAAAAAUUCUUGCUGUAGGGGAAGGUCGGGCAGUACCGGACACCUUAGGUUUUCUUUUAAUAAAAAUAUAACUUACUGCAAAAAAUGAAAUGUACAUAUGUCUCUGGAAUUGUACUUUAAUUAUUUAUAAUGCCUAAUAAAGAAAAUGGGCCAAAACAUUUAGAAAUAUUAGUAUUUUACAUUUGAACAAACAGUGGUAUUUGGAAGUUUCAGUAAACUGGAGGGUUAUAUCGGACAGUCAUUUCCCCUUCAGAUUUUUACAAAAUACCGCCUGUAAAUAACAUUUAGGUUUUCUUACAAACAUCACACUUAUAAAAUACAGCAUCCCCUUCAAGGUCAGCACAGUUUUCAUGUGCCCAUCCUUUACAUAUGGUACAUUGUAUCCAAUCCUCACUGAAAUUUUCACCGCAAAUGAUACAGUCAGUAGUCUCUUCGUUUGUUGCACAUGGAACUUUUGGUUGGGGUGUUCUAUGCAUUGAUGUUUUUCUGAGAUGUUUCCCUUUUAGUUUCUUAGUGGUUUGCGACUUUUGAUUCACAUUCAACUUGCAUCUUUUUGCUUCAAGCUCAUUUUUGUAUGGGCUAGAUGUUAGAACUUCACUUCUGUCUCCCCGUCGUUUUCGUGAGGCCAACUUGGCAACUGCACUGCUACGAAGUGGAGAAAUUUGUUCUACUACAUUGAAGGCUGAAGUGUGCAGUACAGUGCUUUCAGAACCUUCCAUUCUGGAGCAUGAUGGAGUUGACAUUUGCUGUGUUGUUAGACCUACUGCUUGAUCUGAAGUUGAAGGCUCUGGUGAACUCUGUCUUCGAACACACGGUGGAGAUUCUUCUUGAACAGUGAUUGGUAAGUCAUUCAAACUAGUAUGGAAAUCCAAGUCUGUGAAUAUGCUACGGUUGAGUGGGUAAAUUCCAGUGCACAUGAAUGCUGAUUGAGCGAGUUCCAUUCUGCAGACUUUUGCUAAUGCAUAGUUAACCAGUCCAGCUAUGUCCUUGAGAGCAAUUUUCAGCUUUGGAUAUUUUCGCAUCCACAAAGAACAUGCUUCAUUGAAAGCAUUCUUAAAUGGCUUCAUAACUACUCUGUCCAGUGGUUGCAUUUUGUGAGUUGUAUGAGGUGGUAAACUCAGGAUAUGGACGUGGUGGGAACGAGCAAACAGAAUCACUUCUAAGUCCUUGUGACUUGAAUGACCAUCAACAAUUAACAGUGUAGGGUUCUUUUCACUUGGCACAACUCGUUCAACAAAUAAUUUGAACCAUUUUAGGAAUCCAUCUUUGGUUAUCCAACCACUUUGUUGUCCGUCAAACACACUUCCAACAGGAGCAUCUUUAGUGAGAUCCUUAUCGAUGCGAACUCUGGGGAAAACAAAGAGUGGGGGAACAAACAUGUCUCCAGAAGCAUUGAUGCAUAAGAGAACAGUUACAUUUCUUCCUCUUUCGCCUGAUGUUAAUUUCCCCACUUGUUUCUUUCCCUUUAUUGUCAUGACUUUCAGUUGAUUGUUGUGAACACAGGAUACCCCAGUUUCAUCUGCAUUAAAGAUCCGCGAUGGACUAAAUGAAUAUUUGUCCAUUAAUUCAGUCAGCUUUUCAUAAAACCGAUCAACUUGUUCUUUAUUAAACCCUGCAGCUCGCUGCAAACUUGUGGAUUCUGCAGACCUUAGGCUCAAAUCGGGGUGCCUCUUCAUGAACUCAUAAUAGAAGUCUUUCCCAGCCCUCUCUUUUUGCUUAUUGAAGCGAUGAUCAAUAUUUAGGUGUUCUGCCAAGUCAAAAGAUAAUUUAAGAAAUUCAUCUCGAGUUAAUGGCAUGAGUUGUCUAUCUAAAGCUUUAACAUGGUUGUAUAACUGCUCCUCGUGUGCAUCACUGAAUGUAUUACUGAAAGUACCCAUGUGUGGUUUCAUAAUUGCCUCAUUUCCCGAACCAAGUUUAAUGAGUCGAUCACCUAGUGUACUCUUCGGAACAGAAAAUUGUUCACUUGCUUCUCUAAUGCUCAUUUCUUUAUUUAUAACAUGCUCUACUGCUAAUUUCAUAUCUUCUUCUUUCCACCUUCCCCUUCUUUUCUCCAUUUUCUGCAAAUAGAAAGAAUACUUGAAUCAGAAUAGACGGGAAAUUACUCUACCAUUGUGUCCGAUACCACCCGCAACCGUCCGAUAUAACCCUCCAGCAGGUUGUCCGAUAUUACCCGACGGACAUGCCAUCGAAAUUACGUCAUAAAAUAUUUAGUAUUUGUCGCACACAGAUGUUACACUGUAUGGUAAUAUAUAAAUGGUUAGUACACAAGUUACUAUACUUAAACUUAUAAAUAUCUUACUUGUUAUGUUGUAACAACCCGGCAAAGUUAUCUUCGUGCAGAAGAUCUUGGCCUAAAAUCAAUAAAACGUAGCACUACUCAACAAGCAGACAACGCACGAACUCAUAAUGGCGACACUGCGUGUCCUUCACAGAGACCUACGAGACAAACGACCGACUGGUGCUGCCCCUAGCGCGCACCUCUGGAAACUGGUACUGUCCGGUAUCACCCGCUGUCCGGUAUUACCCGACCUUACUGGAGCGGCAAAAAAAUAUAUUACUUUAAAACAAGGCUUAGUAUGUAAACAUACUAUUUUACUUAAUUGGUGAAUCCAGCAUCAUUCGAUUAUAAACACCAACUUAUUGAAACAGUGUUCCGGAAUCCACAAGUUACUUUCUAAUUUCUACCUUUAAAUUAUACACUCCUCCAUUAUAAGGCUUGCAUAUUCUGGUUAUUAGUUCAAUUACAUAUGUAGAAAAAAAUAAAAAAAUAUUUCAUUUACAAUUUUUUUUAAAGCACUAUUGAAAGUUUAUUGCAAGAGUGUUCAUGGCUAGUAACUAAGUAUGUAUUUAUAUAAUACUGCAGAUCCUUUCACUCACACAGCUGCUGCAGCUGCAUCUUUUUGCUUGAUGGGUAUUGAAAACCAGCUCCUCCUCUCAGUCAGACACGACACAGUUUGAGCACUAGAGACGCUGGGUUGUUCAUUUCCAUCAGCAGGAACGAGAGAAGAUGGAAGAGGAAUUGCCAAGGCUGAAUCCUCAACAUUUCCAGGUGGAGUUUGUAAUCUCUUCACUCUGCCAGUAUCAAUUUUAGGGAGAGCAUUCUUCAAAAUACUACUUAACUGAUGUGGUUUUCAUGAUGACUGGGGAGUUGCAUUUGCCAGCUAUUUGUCUUUCUCUACCUUUUAUUUUGAGUUGCAACUCAACACAGACUUGCAGUUCUCUUUGUUGAAUAAGCAGAUAAGCGGAGCGUACACUACUUUAUGUUUGACCUUCACCCAUUUUGAACUCUGGCUUCAUUUUCUUCUGAAUCUGCAGUCUACGUAUGUAUGUACAUAGGCACUUAUAUUUUUUCUGCUUCUUCCUAUGCUUUAAAUUAAAUUUGAUAAAUAACUUUGAGAAAUAAAUUGAAUAUGCAAAAACAAGUAAAGAAUCAAAAAUACUAAAGGAAAUAAAAUUACAAAAACAAAAGCCCUUGGUAAAAGUCAAAAAUGCUAAUAAAAAAAUACUAUAACAAAAUUAAUGUGGUAGCAAGUAUUACAAUGGCACUGGUGUAGGCACAUCACACUUGGGAGCUGAUAACAUCUACAAUUAGUUCUAAACAGACCAUUUUUUAAAAAUAGUUAUUGUUUUGGAGUUUAUUUCCCCCAGUUAACUGUAUAGUCAUUUUUUAUGAUUGUAUGAUCAAAUCAACAAGAUGUACACACUAUUGAAAGGUAUCGUAAUGUUCUGAAAAAUAUGGUAAGAAUGUAGAACAAUAUCAUAUAUUUUUAUAAAAGAACAAUUUGUAUGAUGUAACUGGUAUGCCAGAUGACUAUAAUCAUGACUGAAGCACUUUGAAAAUGAUGCAGUAAAUAAUGUGUGUAAUUAAUGGUAGUAAUUGAUACAUUUGUAUGUGAAGACAAAGUGGUUGGAUUUUAAAACAUAUUUUAUUGCAAGUUACAACAUUUUGAAUUUACUGAUAUUAAGCUUUACCAAAUUUUAUCGGACCAUGAUUAAAGAGCUGCGAGUCGAUAAAAUUGUUUUUUUUUUUUUUUUUUUAAAUAUUUGUGUUUUAUUGUGCAUUUGAAUUUAACUGUUACCGAUUGUGAAGGAUUAAAUAACCUUCGUUCUUUUCGGUGUUUGGUUUACACAAAAUGUUUGAAACACUUCAUAAUGCUCACCAUAUAUAUAUAUAUAUAUAUAUAUAUAUAUAUAUAUAUAUAUAUAUAUAUAUAUAUAUAUAAAAGCUAGUUACAUUGUUAAUUUUAUAAAUAUGUAACAAAAUCUUAGUUUUAUUUAAUGUCCAAUAAAAACAUUUUAUUGGUGCCUUGUUCAUACUGCCAUUAAUAUUGGCUUUCUUACUGUGUUGAAGUACCUAAAUUCUUUUGUCACAUGUGUUUUGUAUAAAAUUGUGACAACGAUCCAUCUAGUAUUUUAAUGCAAAUCAUUGAUUUUAUUAAAGAUUGUUUUUUUUAUCUAUAAGAAAGUAAUCUACCAUUUUUAUGUGGGUUGGGGGGGGGGGGGGUGUCUUUUAUUUUUCUUUACCCUCUUUUAAAAUUCUCUGAAUAAGUGAAUUUCUUUGUUUUUGUUUUUAAUUCAACACACAUUUUAUCACUUUGUUCUACGAACACGAGAUAAUGUGGUGACGAGGGAGAGACAAACAUGUCCGAAGAGGCUGGUCGCCAGCCAUGUCCCAUGCCGAUGCAGCCUCUAGCCAGACUGUGUAGAGAACACUUGUGUGGCUCUUGCUGCUCUGCCCAUCCCGUCGCACUGGCUCAGUGCAUUUCCGUGACAUCAUUUUUGUUUUAGGGUGUCUACUUUUUAAGCCUUGCGUAUUAUGCUUUGUUGCAAAUGAUUGAAACAGAUGUGGACUACAUGUUAUAUUAUAUAUAUUUUAAGUCCAGCAAAUUUUAGUUUUUAUUAAAAACUUUUAGCAUGCCUUAAAGCAUCUCAAUUACUCAACAGAGGUUCAUCAUGCAUUUACACAUCUGGUUAACAAAUGCAUAACAGCUUCUGUAGUCACGAUUUUAAAAUAUUUUUUUAAAACUUGUAAUUGGCAAAAUACCAAUAAUUAAAUAUGUAGGUGAAGGUAGGUCUUAAAUGUUUCUACACACUUAUAAAAAUCUGUACAAUCCACAGGUGUAUCGUUAAUUCAUGCUCUUGAGUGCCCUGUCAAAUCCAAGCACUGUACAUUUUCAACCAAGUUAUAAUUUUGAUAUUGCUAUGUUGGUAUAUGUAUUCCAUUACACUAUUUUUUUAAAACAAUUUGCAGGGUACUUAGUAAAAAAUAGUGUGAUUACUGGCAAAUAAAAAGGUAACUAAAAUAGGUUAGAGAGUAACUUGAGAGAAAAAAAAGAUAGUAUUACUGUAGAUGCUACCAACACAACACUGUAAAAGGCACCAUCAUCAUUUUGUUAACAGGUUUAUGCACAGAGUAUUUUUUCUCUUUACUUUUAUAACAAAACUUUAGAUCUUAAAAACUUUUAUGUGAAAGCUUUGGUGAGUAUGUGAAGAAAACGUUCUGCAUCUGUUUGUGUAUGAUAAAUUAUAACCGUUAUUAAACAACUAAAUAGUGGGGACUCAGAGAUGAAACUGUUUAUUGAUGUAUUAUAUGCUGUUGCACAUUCCACACUAAUGCAAAAUGUAAACAUAAUAUUUACUGUAGGUGCUAGACAGAAAAUUAGUAUUUUUAUUAUGUGGUAGGAAGGUGUAAUGGUAAUGUUACGAGUUUAUUUUUAAAUAAAGUUGUUUUAAUGUUUGUUUAGUAGCAUGGAAAUAUAAAAUACUCAGAACUGUACAAAAAAAAUGUAUAUUCUAUAUAAGAAGUUACAAAAAAAAUUAUGUUUUUGAAAUAAAUGUUUCUCCUAUUUUAUGAAUUUAUGAUCGGCAAAAUGCAUGUUUUUAAAGAUUUC